UUGCUAUGGCCCCAUGGACCCCGUGUCCAACAUAAUUCUCAAUGCCAUAUGGUAUGACAGUGCAUGCCCUCUGCUGGAGAUAGAUGCUGUGGCUGAGCCGGACAUUCUUGACACCCGAUCUAUGCUUCGCAUGGUGGUCCGCUCCCUCGAUAGCCUUGUUGCCAUGGUCUGCACAGCCACCGGUUUUUCGGACCACAUGGCCGUGGAAUACCUUUGCCACAAGCAAUGUGACCUAUCUAAGGUUUUACAGACGGCAACGAAGGAGGUGUGCUAUAAUGCCUAUGUUUCUGCUGGUCAAGCUGGAAGGCACCCCAAACAUUUGGAGCUUGCAACAUUUCUUAUGUCCAUGGCUGAUAAUGUCCCUAAAGAUAGCCUGCUGACCCAUGAAGCAAUGGGGAAAGGCCAUGUCAUUUCUGAUGCAGCUCUGGAGCAAGUGUACAAAAUAAUGGAGGAUCAAAGCUCAUCCACUGCACCAUCAGAUGAUCACCCUAGGCUAUGCCCAUCGGCCUGGAUGACCCUGGCAUCAAGGAAGGGAGAAUACGUGCAGAAGCAGAACUUCCUUGGUCAAGCCUUGGAACAAUUGCUGCUUGAUUACUCGAAUCAGCAUCCUUGGGAACCUGUUCCGAGGCUAGAUGUCAUAUGUGGUGUGAAGAAACAGGACCGCGGGCAUCCAAAGUUCUAUCAUGCCAAUUUCUUGGUGCAUUAUGACGAUGUUUCUUCAGCGCGUGUGCUCUUCUUCGCUGAAGUGUGGCAGUCGAGCUUUCGGGCCAAACAAAUUAGAUCGAAACCUAACACAUCUGUGAAUCUGGUUACUCGACCGUGCACUAGAUACAGUCGCCGAGUUGAAUCUAGUGCACAAUUCAUCAAGGUUUACAGUAAAUCUAGUCGGAAGGAAGCGAAAACAUCAUUUUGUUGUCCACUGCCUUAUUACAGUCCGGACCAUCCAUACCUUGGUAAAUGCAUUCUAUGAACUUACCGGAAUAUUUAGAUU